AUGAAUGACGAUGAUAUUAUAACCGACGCUUUAAAUGAUUCAUUUGAAUACUCCGAUGAAGAUGACGAUUUCCUUGAUCCAGAUUUUUCUCUAGGUGAGAAUGUAAAUGAUGAUUUGCUUGUGGGAAUAUUUCCACUAUUAAGUGAUUCCGAAAAUGAUGAAGAUGUAGAUGGCAAUAUAGAGAUCAAUGAAGGUAAUAAGGAAAAUAAUAAUUUAGAAGCAGUAGAUUACAGUAUAGAGAACACUGAAAAUAAUAGGGAAAAUAAUAAUUUAGAACAGUGGCGUGGCGUGGGUAUUAAAAGGAUGUAA